AUGAAGGUCACCUACUUCCUCUCUUUCCUCACCCUCGCCUUCGCCGCCCCCGCGGCCGAGGAGGCCAGCCUCGCCGACUUUGAGGGCGUCGUCGACACUACCGACCCCGUCAUCCAGGGCGCCUGGAACGCAGGUGUCUCUUACACCGAGGGCAGCACUGCCGUUGAGGCCCGCGACGAGUCCACCCUUCAAGCUCGUGCUUGCAAGGAUCGUAAGGGUUUCAGCCUGUGCAUCGCCGUUUGCAACACGGGAUGCGCUGUCGGAUGCCGCUGUGGCAGCUGCUUCGCCAUUUGUCCCCAGCAGUGCAACCAGGGCAAGUGGAAGGGCUGCUGGUAA